AAAAAGGUAGGAGUAUGAAAGACCAACUGAAUGAAAAUGCUGUAGAUUAUAUGAAAAGUAGUACGGGUUCUCUACAAUUCUCUGUUGCUGCCAAUUCGAGCUCUUCAAAGGUUUCUGGGUCAUGUAAAAACAAACCCAGUGUCCAUGAAAUGAAAGGUUCCCCUGUUGAAUCAGUGUCUUCAUCCCCUUUUAGGUAUCCUGAUGCAGAUAAGUUCUCAUCAGCAGGAAGGAACCCUGUUCACAAAGAUGAGUUUCAGGAUAGUGGGAUUUUGACUAUGGCCAGUCCAGGAAGCUUUUGGGGUGUUAAAGAUAAUGGGGGUGAUGAGCGACCUGGAAUGGUGAUAAAUGACACAGUUCACAACGUCACCCAUCACAAUUCACGAGAGUCCCGUGUGCUUGAAUUUCCAAAUAGGGAUUUGAGUCAACCAUCUGAUGGUAAGGUCAAGGCAGAGAGUUUAACUUGUCCUGAUUUUGGUACUGAACAUGUUACCAAUGUCUAUAUAGAUUGCUUAGGUCAAGGUAAUGAGGAAUGCCAAGAUGAAGAAAGAACAAAUACUCAGACCAGUGGGCAUCAGACAAAGAAGUCUGGAAAGGGGUAUUCUUCGCGGUCUAAAGACAAGUAUCAUAAUUCUAGAUCAGACAUUGAUAAAGGUAAAAACAAGAUUUCAAAUUCUUCCCUUGAAUCUGUUGAUCAUUUGCAUUCCUACGAGGAAAAAUUGAAGAGCAGACAAAACAAGUGUGACGAAAAAUUUGUCACUCCUGAUAAGGUGGACAAGAUAUUCAUUUCAAAGAGUGAUUCUGCUAAAGGAAUAUUGAGUGAUAAUGAUAAAGGAGAAAGUCAGCUAAAAUUUGCAGGCUAUAAUGGUUCAGAUGUUACUAAAGGCCAUGAUAAGAAGCAAAAACUUCAGCGGGACCAUGAUGACGAAAAAUCAUCCAAAAAGCUUGCAUCAGGUACAAGCGACAGGGUGGGGUUUGAAUCCAAUGGGAGAGGGAAGUCACACUCACUGCCACCCUUAGCGAGAGGACAGGCUGAAACAAGUAUGUCUGGAUCUAAGAAAGAAAAUGGAGAAAACAUUUCGGCAAAUGAUGCAUUUGAAAAUGGUGAUGCCUCAAAGGCAUAUAGACAGGGUAAAAAAGCCGAGAUGAGUGGAAACCAGCCCUUUAGUAUGAGACAUCCCACUCCAGAAGUGCACAAGGGUCGGGAUGUUGAAGCCCCAAGUCCUAAUCGAAGGGAUUCCUCCAGUCAUGCUGCUAUGAAUGCUGUAAAAGAGGCAAAAGCCGUUAAACACAUGGCUGAUCGUCUCAAGAGUUCUGGAUCAACUGAAAGUACAGCCCUGUAUUUUGAAGCUGCCCUCAAAUUCCUCCACGGCGCAUCUUUGUUAGAAUCUGGAAACAGCGAGAGAACCAAGCAUAAUGAGACAAUUCAGUCAACUCAAAUGUAUAGUAGCACAGCAAAACUCUGCGA